UAUUGUGAGUAGUGAGAUGUCCAAUGUAUCCUAAACGGGUUAGGAUAAAGUCGAUAGAGCUCAAUGGCUGAGCGCCUCAGCCCUCGAAGCUCCGAGGUGAAUGCCUUGGAACAACGAGGCUAUCUCAUCGGCAAAAAAAUCGGACAAGGAUCUUACGCCACCGUACACCUGGCCGAGUACUGCGAUGCAUCCAGUCCCAAGCGAAUGCAUCUCGCGUGCAAGAUAUUCGACAAAGAAAAAGCACCUAGGGAUUUUUUAGAAAAGUUUUUUCCUCGCGAGCUCGACAUCUUGACUAAAAUCGAGAAUCCUCACAUCAUUCAAGUACAUAGUAUCUUACAGCGUGGCCCGCGAGUGUUUAUAUUUAUGAGAUAUGCUGACAAUGGAGAUCUAUUAGAUUUCAUUAAACGCAAUGGAGUCGUGCCCGAGAAUCAAGCGAAACUAUGGUUCAGGCAGAUGGCAAGCGGUCUGCAGUAUCUUCAUAGCAAAAAUAUUGCUCACCGAGAUUUGAAAUGUGAGAAUAUAUUGUUGUCACGACGAUUUAAUGUAAAGUUAGCAGAUUUCGGAUUUGCGAGGUUUUGCACGGAUGGUGAAAAUCGACGUGUGCUUAGCCAGACGUACUGUGGCUCUGCGGCUUACGCGGCGCCGGAGGUGGUGAGCGGAACACCCUACAACCCGAAACUCGCCGACGUGUGGUCUCUUGGAAUCAUCUUGUUCAUCAUGCUCAACGCCUCCAUGCCCUUCGACGAUUCCAAUUUGCGCAAGCUGCUGAAAGACCAAAUGUCACGCAAUUGGGUGUUUCGCUCGAGGAUAAGGGACACCGUGUCAGCAGCGGCGAAGUCCAUAGUUCGCCAUAUCCUCGAGCCGGACAUCACGCUGCGCCUGACGCUGGACCGCGUGCUAUCGCACGAGUGGACGCGUCCGCGCAAGGACAAGAGCGCUAGUCUGAUGGGGCGGCUGGUGCAGUCUGCCCCCUCCGCGCCGCAUUCGCCCGGCAAGCGCGAGCACGACGAGGCCGGCCCUUCGGCGGGCACCGGCGCGCGCGUCUCGGGCGACCACCGCGACACCGAGCGGGAGCGCCACGACGAUAUCAACAUGCGCUCCCACGAUUCAUAGGCUGCAGCUAUCUACAUAGCUGCUGCCCUCCAUCGUACAAUCAAACAAUAAUGUUACGUGAACAAGUGUUUUUAAACUUUAAAGCUUUUCGACCCUCAUAAUAUCGAAAAUUCACAUUAUUAUUUUAGAUUUUUUUUACAAUUGACGACUUAAACUAUUGUUGGUCGCCAAUAGUGAAAAUAAAAGAUUUUGUAUUAAAAUAGUCCAUC